AAGCCGCGCGCCGGCGAGCGCGUGUCGCGACAAACUCUGUAUUUAACACAAAGUGAAUACAAAAAUAAAAAAUAAAUAUGUAUUAAAUAGAAAGUAAAACUAAAUAAGACUGGUUUACGAAACGACGACAAUAUUAUUAAAAUUAAGUAACCAAACGCAACUAAUAGUGAAAGGCAGUUUCGCGCGCGAAACAAACGUCAAACGUCAUUUAAAAAAAAGUGAAAGUGGCCAGUGCGCGUCAGCCAGCUUAGCGGUGUGGACGUGAAUUAAAACAGUAUAAAGAUAAGAAAAUCUAGUGUUGUUUAAAAAGUGUGUUGUGUGUUGUAUAUUUAUAAUAUUGUGUCGGGGUUGUCCGCCCCCAGAGCUCGGCCAAUGACGCGCUGGGCCGCGCCCCCGCACGGCUGCGCGCCGGUACUAACUUUACUUCUGCUAUUUAAUGCCGAUUUAGCAGUUUCACGUCGUCCGGAGCCGUACUAUGGCCGUCUGAUAGGUCGUCUGACGCAAUACGCACAUGGUAUACGAGGUACGGUCUACGCGGUGGACGAGAGCACUGUCUUCGUGCGUGGCUUUGCGUACGAUGGCACGGGGCCUGAUGCUUACUUCUGGGUGGGGGACACUCCACAACCCUCCCCUGAGGGUACCCUAGUGCCGUAUCCUGAGGACUAUGCUAGCAGAGACCCGCCAGUGUUGACAGCUCACACGAACUCUGACAUUCUACUGAGGCUGCCGGCAGGCAAGCGCCUCAGGGACAUCAAGUGGAUCAGCGUCUGGUGUAGGAGAUUCACUGUGAACUUCGGCGAUGUAUUUAUUAAUCCAGGCUUAGAGCCGCCACGUCCACGAGUGCUGCCCGAGUUCAAGCGGCUGGCACAUGGACUGCGCUCCGGCAAUGUGAGCGUGCUUGAUGCCAAGACGUUCUACAUUCCCAAUCUGCACUACGACGGCGCCGGACCCGAUGCCUACUUCUGGGUCGGCAAUGGAACUGAACCUAAUCCUUUUGGCACCAAGGUACCCAAUGAGAUGGGUUCAUUAAACCCUCUCCGCGGCUACCAAGGUGAGGACAUAGAGAUACAGCUGCCGGGUAAGCUGACCGCCUACGAUGUGGACUGGCUGGCCGUCUGGUGCGUGGAGUACAGGCAUAACUUCGGUCAUGUCUACCUGCCUAAGGACUUAGACGUGCCGCCCGCGCUUGGACAGACAAAGAUUACCACAAGUUCCACAACAUCUCAGACUCCGCACAGCAGCUCUAAUAAUUGCAAGGAAAUUCUCGACAAACGUCUACAAGUUAGAUGGGAAGUACAGGGCGACCAAGUUCAGAUCACUCUGUCGGCGCGCCUGCGCAGAGAUCAGUACAUGGCAUUUGGCGUGUCAGGCGCACAGGGCCGACCCGUCAUGCUCGCCGCAGACGUAGUCGUCGCAUAUUGGGACAACAAGGCAGACCAGCCUCGUGUGGCGGAUUACACCAUUACCCACUUGGCGCAGUGCGACGGCGAGCGCGGCGUGUGUCCCGACCAGCGGCUGGGAGGCAGCAACGACGCUGUUCUAGUGUCAGGUCAUCAAAAGGGUGGUGUUACCACCAUAACAUACCGCCGGCCUCUAGCGGCCAAGGAGCCGCUUAAAGACAAAGAGAUACAUACAUCGCGCUCGCAGUCCGUCAUCGCGGCGUUUGGACCUCUCAACUCCAGAUACGAGGCCAAUGCUCACUCCUUCAUGGAUACAACCAGGACUGAUGUUCAAAUAGACUUUGGAGCUCAGAACGACAACACGUGCCUGGGUCUGGCGGAGCUGGAGGCGGGCGGGCCGCAGCCGUGGGGGGCGCGCGUCAUCGCCGGCGAGGAGCGCCUCACCGCGCGCAUCGGGCCCGCCGCCGGACUGCGCGGGUACACACCUAUCACUGGUCACCCAUCGUGGGGUAUAGCUUGGUACAUCAACGACCAGCUGAUACCAGAGAUAUACGUAGAACGAGGUCAGACGUACACAUUCCUCGUCGAGGGAGGGGACGACAGGACCAACCCUGCCAAAUUCCAUCCCUUCUAUAUCAGCGAUUCAUCAGAGGGUGGCUUCGGUCAGAAGAGGGAAGAGGAUCAAAGGAAACAGCGUGUAUUCGCAGGGGUUGCCUACGAUAAUGAAGGAUAUCCAUAUCCAACUGCCGUGGGUCGUUAUUGCGAAUGGACUCAUAAGACCAUCGAUCAGUCGGCCGCUUCGGAGACGUUCGAAGAUUACAUGAAGACGCUGCAGCUGGAGUGCAACGAGGGCGAGCCUGCUGUACUCAACUGGACGGUGGCACAUGAAACUCCCGACUUGGUCUACUAUCAGUGCUACACACACAAUAAUCUAGGCUGGAAGAUACACGUCGUGGAUCCAGGUACUCCAGUACCUAUCCCCGGCGACCAGGGUGCUAGAGUUAACGCCGCAGACACUUACCCGCCGCUCGCCAUCUUGACAUUGACGGCGCUUGUCAUCGUGACAGCUCUCCGCAAUAUGGCCGCAAGAUAAGAUUGCGUUCGAAAACGCAAAGCGAGCUCUGUUACGUUAAGGUUUGUCUGAAAUUACAAUU